AAAAAAAGGGGUUUAAAGAGAAGAGGAGGCGGAGGUGCGGCGGAAGAGGAGUCCGUUUUGUUCAGAAGAAGAAGAAGGAGAAGAAGAAGAAGAAGAAGAUAGAUAGAGAGAGAGAGAGAGAGAUGGGGAGAUGGCAGUUGGUGGUGGAAUGUGUGAGGUUCGUUUGUGGGGCUGAUUUCUGGAGAAUGGCUGUGCUCUGGGCAUGGUUUCUGGUCGUAUCCCACUUGCAGAUUUUGCUUCCAAAGCUCUUCUCUACCAGUUCCACAACUUACCCGCGUUCUACUUCUUUCUCUUUCACACCCCUCUGCAUUGUCACCGGCGCUACAUCUGGUCUAGGUGCUGCUGCUGCGCACUCUCUUUCCAAGGAAGGCUUCUAUGUUGUUCUUGUUGGACGGUCGUCUCAGUUGUUAUCGAAGACUAUGAGAGAAAUUAAAACCAGGAACAAGCAUGCCCAACUCAAAGCUUUUCAAGUUGAUUUGUCGUUGUUCCCCUCCAUUUCAAAAUUUAAAGUAUCCCUUGAGCAGUGGCUUUUGGAUUCAAAUAUGCAUUGUUCGGUCCAGUUAUUGAUUAACAAUGCUGGCAUACUGGCAACGUCACCUAGACUCACAGCUGAAGGCUACGACGAAACGAUUGCUACAAAUUAUAUUGGAGCAUUCUAUCUGACAAAUCUAUUACUGCCACUCCUCAAAAAUAGUCCUAUGCCUUCGCGGAUAGUGAAUGUAACAUCCUUUACGCACCGAAGUGUGUCUAGCAUACAGGUUAACAAGGAUGCUGUUUCUGGGAACUGCUUCUCAAGAUCAAAACGAUAUCCCUAUGCUCGGAUUUAUGAGUAUUCUAAAUUAUACCUGCUACUAUUCUCCUAUGAGCUGCAUCGACAACUCUGCUUGAACGAUGAAUCUCAUCAAAUUUCUGUCAUCGCUGCAGAUCCUGGAGUAGUGGAAACCAACAUCAUGCGUGAAGUUCCUUCCUUUCUUUCCCGAUUGGCAUUUAUUGUCUUGAAACUCCUUGGACUUUUGCAAUCACCGGAGAAUGGAGUCGGUUCUAUUCUUGAUGCAGCCCUGGCCCCACCUGAUAUAUCUGGAGUCUACUUCUUUGGUGGAAAGGGUAGGACUAUGAACUCUUCUGAGCUUUCAUACAACGCUAGACUUGCGCAGGAACUUUGGACUACUACUUCUGAUCUUCUUUUGCAAUCACAGCUGGCUCUCAAGGAAACUUCAAAUUCUUCAUCAGAUUCAAAGUCAUGAGGAAUUUCCUUUUUUUUUUUUUUUUUUUUUUUUCAAAUGAGCAACUGGAAACUUGUAUUAAUUAUGGAAAUUACAAAAGGGGACAAGGGGUCCACCAAAGAAUGAACACGAACAACAAACAACAUAAAGCAAAUAUUGUAGAAGUGUUUUUGUAAGAAUAUUAUGAACACUAGUGGAUUAUAACUUUCAUCCAAGUCCUGUUCUGCAACUCAGUUCUAAACCAGUACAUGCCAUCCAUUGCAAAAGA